CAGCCCCCGUCCUUGGCGACCACAUCCCAGUCAGUGCAGUCAGUCACUCAGCCAGAGAACCAAGCCACCUUGUCUCGCACUCGCCCGACAGCAAGUAUAAAACCACCCGCCCCGACAAUGGCCACGAAGCUGGACGCCCUCCCGGACGAGCUGCAGCUGGCGACGGCCAACCACGUCAGAUACAUCCAGUCGCUGGACACGCGCAAGGACGAGUAUGACUACUGGCUGACCGAGCACCUGCGCCUCAACGGCGUCUACUGGGGCCUCGUCGCCCUGCACCUGCUGGGCCACCCGGACGCCCUGCCGCGCGCCGAGACCAUCGACUUUGUGCUCUCGUGCCAGCACGACUCGGGCGGCUUCGGCGCCGCCCCGGGCCACGACGCCCACAUGCUAUACACCGUCAGCGCCGUGCAGAUCCUCGCCAUGGUCGACGCCUUUGACGAGCUCGAGGAGAGGGGCAGGGGCAGGGCCAAGGUUGGCGAGUUCAUCGCAAGCCUGCAGAACCGCGAGACAGGCACCUUCGCCGGCGACGAGUGGGGCGAGGAGGACACGCGCUUCCUCUACGGCGCCCUCAACGCCCUCUCCCUCCUCGGCCUGCUGCACCUCGUCGACGUCGACAGGGCCGUGGGCCACAUCGCCGCCUGCGCCAACUUUGACGGCGGGUACGGCGUCAGCCCGGGCGCCGAGUCGCACUCGGGCCAGAUCUUCACGUGCGUCGCCGCGCUCGCCAUCGCCGGCCGCCUGGACCUGGUCGACAGGGACCGCCUGGGCCGCUGGCUCGCCGAGCGCCAGACCCCCGGCGGCGGGCUCAACGGCCGCCCCGAGAAGGCCGAGGACGUCUGCUACAGCUGGUGGGUCCUCAGCAGCCUCCAGGUCAUCGGCAGGGCCCACUGGGUCGACCGCGCCGCCCUCGUGCGCUUCAUCCUGCGCUGCCAGGACCCCGUCGCCGGCGGCAUCGCCGACAGGCCCGGCGACAUGGUCGACGUCUGGCACACGUGCUUUGGCAUGACCGGCCUGAGCCUGCUGGGCUUCCCUGGCACGCAGCCUGUCGACCCCGUGUAUUGCAUGCCCAGGUCGACGAUCGAGAGGGUCCUGGGGAAGUCGUUCUAGAGCCAAUCGAAGCAAUUCACACACAAAAGCAUGCGUGCCCGCACCAAAAAAGAAUCAUGUCUCAUCCCCGCAUUGUUGCCCACGUUCGAUCAAGACACCCACUCCUCUUGCAGUCUAAUAACCUACCUCUUUCACUCCUCCAUGGGGGUCAGGAUACUCGGCAAGAGGAGAGGAAGCAGUGAUCCGUUUACCUAGUUGGUCAACCCAGCGCUCCCCAUGGGUGCCAUCAACCAAGCAGCGGACCGACAUACCUCAUCUCACGAGAUUUUACCUAGCCUGAACAUGUUGGGCACGUUCUUAUUCUUGAUGUUGGGCGCAGUGAGCUCAUGGGAAAGGCCGGGGCCGUUUUCGCAGAUAUCAAGAAAGCGCGAGAAAUCCUGGCGUAUGGUUUAGCUCAGAAUGUUCUCGGUCACUGACUGCCGUGGGAAAAACAUGCUAUCUCGCCAGGCUAUGCCACCAAAAUUCAAUCUGGUACUCAUCUUUGAAUAUGUGAAACCGCACCGGGCAUGCAUGAUUCAGGAGGCAGCAUAGGUGAAUGAGAUCACGAAAUAAUUGA